GGUGGAGAAGAAGGCAUACGUCAUAUUCACAAUGGCGGAGGCAGGGUGAGGAGUAGAGUGUGUCAGUUAAGUGGCGCAGUAACCAACUACAUUGCCCGCGAAAGACGCUAACGGUGCCCGAAAAAUGGCCCUGAACCCUGAAGUGGAGAGAAAAACUGACAUAGAGUGUCUGAAGACCGGUGAGCUCGACUUGGAGAGCUGCGAUAGCAAGACAAAUCCGUUGUCAGCCGCCAUCUCGGCCACAUCCAACCAAAAUGGCGAUCAGACUGGAUGUGAAGACGGUGUAAUGCCCGAACAAGAAGCCUCUGAGCGGCGGAGGAGCGGGCAGACUGCCGCGAGAAGCUCCGAUAAUUCACCUUUACCCGGCCAGAGACAGGCUGAAGAGUUGCCAAGGAGAAAUUUUCAGAUCCCGAGGAAGAUCAAGGAACGGAAAGGCCUGUACCAGUUUCUGGCCCCUGACUCCCGGGAAUUUGAGGGCCUUGUGAAGAUCCUCUCCUCCUUCUACCUGGAUGCAUCGUCCAGAGGGACAUUCUCCUACUGCAAGGCCAGGCUCAUUCACAAUGAGCUGCUGGAGAAAGAGUUCAUUGAGAAGAGGAGGGAGCUGAAGCAGGAGGGCCGUACUGACCCAGAGCUGGUGGAGUCCUACUGCUUCCUGUUCCCAGACAAGUCCAAGCUCCCGUGGAUUUGUGAGAAGGGUCUGUCUGUGGGACACUCCAGGAUCACUACACUAGGAAAUCCUGCUAUGGGUGUUUAUCUGUCUAAAUUCUCUGAUUUGCUUCAAAUGAACCCGUUUGAAGCAGGCAGUUGUGGAGACAUUGUCAUAUUUAAAGUCAUGAGGGGCCGGCUGAAGAGCAUCUUUGAGAACAUGCCUAAGAGUGUCCUGGACCCCACACCCAAGUUUGACUGUCACAUCUCCAAGAACGCCACGCGGGUCACCUCGUUGCUGUCCUACAGAGCCUUUGAACUCACGCAGCAGUACUUCUAUGAGUUUGCUUUUGAUGAGAUCAAGCCUCGGCCCAGGCAUGUGUGUCCCUACGCCGUGGUGUCUUUCCAGUACAAAGGCAAGGAGUCUGCUGCUGCACCUAUGGCUGCACACAGGUUCAACAGCGCUGUCUGUGAAGGAGGAAGCAAAGGGAGGAGUAGCUACACUGUGUGGAGUGGGCCACUGGUGAACAAGGGACAGGAGUUGUGCCAGGUGUCUCUACGCUCCUCUACACGCCACUUCCUGCCUUUCAAACUAACGGAGAAGUUGGAGAUGAGUAUGGGGAUGCAGCUGGACCAGGUGAAGAGGAAGAUCCCCUCUGUUCUGUUCUCCUGGGACACCUACAGCAGAACCCGGGAAGUGCUGAAGUGUGGGAUCUACUGCAGCCUGUUUGAGGUGGUGGAUGGGAAGGGUAAAGCGACCAGCAGCACUCUCUCAGGACUCAUACAUAAACUGGAGAGAGAGCGGAUGGUGCUGGUGAAGCCGUUAGUUGAUAAAGGCUUUCUCUUCCUCUUGUCAUCUACUCAGAUGUUCAAUCCCAACGAACGUCGGGGGAGGGUUGAGAAGAGCCUGCAGGCACUGUUUGUCUUUCAGGAGUCCAGGGGAGUCACCAAGUUCACGCCCAGAAUGUCAGAGCAGGAGCCCCUGUCAGCUGAGCCCCUGCCCCCCCUCCUGGCCUCCAUGGACCCCUUCAUUCCAGCCCUGCACUACGCCUUGCUCAAGAUGCGCUCCACCCCCGAUAACAAGCACCUCAGCACCGUGGUGGAGCGCCAGGCCCUAGACUACCUGACCAGGAGGGACAGCGGCCGGGCCUUCCUCCUCCCAGAGUACCAACAGAACCUGGACGAGAGGGGCAAUGUGCACCCCGCGCCCCGCCCCAAAUCCAACAUGGAGGGCCUGCUGCGUUCCUACCUACACGGCCUCUCCUCGGCCUAUGUCCUUCCCAUUGUCAAGGCCAGGGACAUGAUGGACAGGAUCAACCAGCCCCCGCCUGCCCCAGCUCCAACUGUCCCGGACUACAGCCCUGUGUCAGACUGGGGGGGGUCAGGAGGGUCAGACAGACCAGAGAGGGUGGAGAGGCAACCUCUAGAGAGACCAGAGAGCAGCAGGAGGAGAGGGGGGCCGUCCCAGACACAUUCUAACGGGGCCGGAGCAGGGACAGGGGCCCCGCCCCAGAGGUCCAGGUUGGCCCAGAGUGAGUACGAUAAGGACAAGAUGAAAGAGUUGCUGAAGCUGAUCCAGCUGCAUAAGGCCCUGGUGAAGGAGCCAGGGGGGAAGGAGAGGGCAGAGGGGGGUGACGAGGGGGCCUGGGAGGGCCCCCACGGCCUGAAGAGGAAACUAGAGGAGGACGAAUCAGGGGCCAUGUCUAAAUACCUACGAGGAGCCCACUUCAGCAAUGGAGAGCCCAGUAGAGUAGCCCAGGGGGAGGAGGUAGAGAACUACAACCUGGCAGCAGUAAUGGAGAGCAUGGGGAUCUAUGACACUGACCUGAGGGACAGGGGAAACACUUCCCAGGCCUCCUCAGCCAACGAGACACAGCGCCUGCUCAAGAUCCUGCUCUCCACCCUCAACAAGGCCAUGGUUCAAGGUGCUGCCGCGGCCCCCACCGACCUGCCUGACCACGUGGAGCCCUCCACGGAGAACCCCCUGACUGGAGCUCCGAUUGAAGGGCGAGUGGAGCAGGCCCGACAGGACUUCUUUGAGGAGCAGACUGUGUGCAGUCUGACCAGCCCCUUUAGCACUGACUCUCCAGGACAACAGCCACACACCUCAGACAACCCAUCACUCACCUGGGAACUGGCCUCUCAUACAGACAAACCUAUCCCCUUCUUUGACUCUCAGAACGACGGCAACUUUGAGCAGAGGGGAGGUCUGGAGGGGGGUGAGAGAGGUCUGAGAGGUGCCUCUGUGGAGCAGGAGAGGGUAACCAAGGAAGCCCCAAUAGAGAGGGGAGCCAAGGGGGCUUCCUUGGAGAGGGAGAUGGCUCUGAGGGGAGCUUUUCUGGAAGGGGGAGCCAGGGACACCUCCCUAGAGAGGGAAAGCAAGGUGGAGAAGCCAGCCAGGGGUGCUUCCCUGGAGAGGGUAGCCAGGCCGUCCAGCACUCUGGACACUAUCGUAAGCCAGGAGCUCCACUGCCUCUCCAACUCCAUCCAGGGCCUCAUGGACAACCAGAAGAUCUACUACAACUCCCAGCUGCCCCCACGGCUGUCUCCACGCCACUCCUGGCAGCCCAACAGCUCAUUCUCAGACUUUGUGGCUCCCUAUGUUGUGUCUGUCCCUGUUCAGGGCCACGUCAACACCCUGUGUGAGAGAAUGGGCCGACUGGUACCCAAACCUCGCCACACAGACUCUGCUAAAACACCUGGGGCUCGUUCUACCCUCCAUGUUCCCUCCGCCACUACCCAUCCUAUUCCUUCUUUUCCUCCCCCGCCCCAUUCCCUCUCCUCCAUCCCUCCCCUUCCUUCCAUGCAUCACCUUCCACCCCCGCCUGCCCUCGUCCACUCCCCUGCCCCUGUCCUCAUCAUGUCCCCCACCGCCAAGCCUGUCCCCAAAACCAAAGCACAGCCCCCUCAGGCUAAGAGCUCCUCUUCUUCCCAGAACCGGCCCAAACUGGUCCCGUUCAAACAGACCCACAAGAACCCCUCUGCAGCACAGAACCCCUCCACAGAGAGGAAGUCAGAACCAUCUGCCUCAAAGAGAGAGGUCUACUCUCCCUCCCAGACCUCAAUGGACUCCUCAGACUCCACCCCAAAACGGCCUAAACAAGAUGCCAUCACAGCCCCCUCUCCCCUUACCCCGGCGUCAGCCGCUGGACUACUGAUGGGCCAGCUGAAGCCUGAGGUGUUCAGCAGCCUGGUGGAGAUCUUCAAGGAUGUGCAGAGGAACACGGUCAGAUUCUAUAUCCACUCUGGAGAGGAGGAGGAGAGUGACAUCUGUGUGGAGAUCAAGGAGUACUUGCUGAGCCUGGGCAACACGGAGUGUAACCCACAGAUGUUCCUGGAGAAUAACAGCAAUCUGGAUAAGUUGCUCAUCGUCAUUCAGAACGAGGACAUCUCAGCCCACGUCAACAAGAUCCCAGCUCUGGUGUCAUUGAAGAAGCUGUCCACAGUGAGCUUUGCAGGAGUUGACAGUCUGGACGAUGUGAAGAACCACACCUACAACGAGCUCUUCGUCUCUGGAGGAUUCAUAGUGUCUGAUGAGUUUGUCCUCAACCCAGACUUCAUAACACACGACCGGUUGCAGGCGUUCCUGCGGUUCCUAGAGGAGCAGAGCUCUCCAGAGAACCCCUGGCAGUGGAAGAUUCACAAUAAGUCCCAGAAGAAACUCAAAGAGCUGGGCAGGUUGAACAGUGAUGCCAUGGCUCUCCUCAACCUGCUGACAGCCUAUCAGAAGAAGCACCUGGUGGAGUUCUUACCUUACCACGAGUGUGAUGCCCAAUCACGUCAGGCCCCUGAUCUGGACUGCCUGGUCAAGCUCCAGGCUAACCACACCCAGCACCGCCACUUUAUCUUCCUCACAGAGAGGCGCUUUGAGAUGUUCAUGCAGUACUCCAGGAACGGCAUAGUGAUCGCCAGCAUUGAUGACAUCAUGACCAGUUUCCACAGCCUGAUUGGCUCCAGAGGUCAGAAACAACUGCCCACACCGCCCUCCACUGUAGUGCAUGAUGAGUGUAUAGAAGAGGAGGAUAUGUCACUGGACUCUGAUGACGACAGCCACAACCAGGUGAUCGUAGAGCAUCCUGCCCAAUCCCAGGAGGGGGUAGCAGCAACGGGCAUGGGGGACUCAACCCAGCAGCCCCCUUACCAGAGUCAGAUGAGUUCCGCCCCCCUCUCCCCGACCAGCUCAACCCCCCUGGCCGACACACCCGCUCCUCCAUCUCCUACUCCAGCAGAACCCCCAACCUGUCCAACUUCGCUGCUCUCAAAUCUGCCAUCUCCCAGUUCAAAGCCUCCAACCAGAUUGGUAGGGCGGACAUAGGCAGCACUUCGCCAGGAGGGUUUUCUGUCAACCCCCACCAGAGCUUCCUGUGUCCGUCUACCCAGUGGGUGUCCUACUCUGGCUCCUCCGGCUACACAGCCUCCCCAGCCUACCCCGCCUC